AUGGGAUCUUUACGCACUCAUGUCACUCAAGUAAGAGCACAGGAUGAAAUCAGAAGUACCACUGCUACACCAGAACCCGUUCAAGAAACUUUGUCACAAGAACUAGUUUGGAUUCCCGAACAACCUCAGCGGCGCGGUUCCUAUACGAUUGAGAGAGUGGAUGAAAAUAAUUUCUCGGAACGUUACGGCAAUAGUGAAGUUAUUCCAGUUCAAAAUGGCUUAAUCCGAAUAUCUGGUAAUGGCGAACGAAGCGCGAUGCACAAUGAAGAGCACAGUAACGAAAUUAUUCAAAAGGAAGGAUUUACGCAGAGUAUCGAUAAAAGGGUUCAAAAUACAAAAGCAAACGAAAGCAGUCAAAGAGCGACGGAAGAAUUUUACGUAGAUUCAGAUGUAAAAGAGCUCCCUAAUGGGGGUAUUUCAAAAAUGACUACGACUACGACUGUGAAAAAACUCGGUACUACAGCGAGAACAGCUAACUCAGCAACAACAGUUACACGCACUAAAACAGCUGUAACUUCGAGAGAUGUCGGUGCAAAGUAA